AUGGCCUUGUCCUUUGCUUUACUGGUGGUCCUCGUUCUUAGCUACAGGUCAACCUUCUCUCUGGGCUGUGAUCUGCCUCAGACUCAUAGCCUGGGUAGCAGGAGGUCCUUGAUACUCCUGGGACACAUGAGGAGAAUCUCUCCUUUCUCCUGCAUGAAGGACAGAAAUGACUUCGGAUUCCCCCAGGAGGACUUUGAUAGAAACCAGAUCCAGAAGACUCAAGCCAUCUCUGUCCUCCAUGAGAUGACCCAGCAGAUCUACAACCUCUUCAGCACAAAAGACUCCUCUGCUGCUUGGGAGAAGACCCUUUUGCACAAAUUCUGCUCUGACCUCUCUCAGCAGAUGAAAGACCUGGAAGCCUGUCUGACACAGGAAGGAAGGGAGGAAGAGCCUCCCAUGAUGCAUGAGGACUCCACCCUGGCUGUGAGGAAGUACUUCCACAGGAUUACUCUCUACCUGGAAGAGAAGAAGUACAGCCCUUGUGCCUGGGAGAUUGUCAGAGCAGAAAUCAUGAGAUCCAUCUUGUCAUCAGCAAACUUUGAGGAAAGAUUAAGGAGUGAGGAAUGA